GAUUAGUAUUGGGCUUCACCAAUGGCUUCUCGUAUGCUUCAACUGGUUUUUAUUUGUGUGCUCUGUGUGCCAUUUAUGAUUUUAGUAUCCCCAGCUGAACUGGGCAUUAUGAGCAUCCUCGAUUAUAUCAGCUACAUUAAUCCACCGGCUGUUCACAAGUACAAACAUGACAAUGGAGACAACAUACUCUGUGUCAAAUUUACCGAUCAAAUAUCUCUCCAGCGUGGUAAACAACAAUAUGGGUACGAUAAGAAGAAUUCAAUUAUAGGUUGGAGGGACGCUCAAGCAGGGGACUCAAUUAAAAGGUGUCCAGAAGGAACAGUCUCUGUCAUGGAGAUAAAGCACGACCACGUAAAAGCAGCAGGGUCUGUAAACUUAUUUUUGAGCAGAAAAAGGAUAGAAGCCUUAACUAUGGUUCACCAGGUAAAUCGAAUGAGAAAUUUAAAUAUUUUUUAUUUUGAUUAG